GUCCAAAGGCGUAGAACAAAAAACAAGCUGAUGGAGAAAUAUAUGGAACAGAAAAACGUUGUAAUCCGAUAAUCACGAAUUCAUGAUUAAAAUCCCUUCUUUCUUCACAGAAUCACGCCUAUCAAAGUAUCAAUCGAUCGAUCGGAUUCUGUCAAGAUUUUCGCUCUCCUCUUUAUCCCAGUUCUCACUUCUCACCAAGGCCGAAUUUGCUGUUUUCAGUUUCUUAAUUCUCCUACUCGAGAUGUCGGAAUAUCUAUGCGAAGAUUUGAUUGUUGAAAUAUUUACAAGAAUAGCACCGAAAUCCCUCCUCCGAUUUAGAUCACUCUCUAAAUCGUUAUAUACUUGUAUUUCUACCCUUGGUUUUAUACGCAUGCACACUCUUAUAUCCCCAAAAAAAAUCCACUUCAUUCAUCUAAUUAGCGAUGACAAAAAUGAAAAACAACAAGAAUUCUUUUACACAUCACAUGGAGAGGAGGAGGAAUUGGCAUUGUAUUUGUGUCCCAAACGUGGAUACAUUGAUAUAACAACAGAAGUCCCGUUCCCUUCUGGCGCACCUAUUGGUUCAUGUAAUGGAACUUUCUGUUUGUGGACUAAAAAAGGUUUGAUUCUAUGGAACCCUUCAAUCAGGCGCAAACUAAUCGUGCCUGAAUUUCCUCAGAGAUCUGAACCCUUUACGUUGCGAGGGAUUGGGUUUGGAUUCGAUCCAAUCAGUGAUGACUACAAAGUUGUCCAGACAUCACAUGUCAAAGGCAACAAUUCAUUUGUUUAUGCUGUCAAGAGUGGCACAUGGUGUGAGAUUGCUUCCCCUAAACAUCAAAAUCAGAUUCAGAUGCCUAUGUCCGUUCGGAUUUGGGUGACAUCGGGACUAACAACCAUGCAAGGUGUUUUGGAAUUGCAUCCGCAAGCUUUGUUGCUCAAUACUUUCUCUCAUGGGCUCCAUGUUUAUAAUCUCAAGACGGGGGUGUCAUCAAGAGUAGGCGACUUCAAUGCUGCUUCAAGUUUACGUAACUUUUAUCAGUGUGUUGAAACCCUUCAUUUGUUAGACAUGGGGGAGACUAUUGCUGAAACGGAACUACAUAACUACUAUGAAAGAAAAAAAAUAACAACAUUACAUUUUGAAUUUUGA